AUGUCCCUGACGAAUGCUUCCCCCGAGGAAGCCGCUCGUGCUGCUAAGACAUCCUCCCGAACACUCGCAACACUGUCCGAGUCCUCUCGGAACAAGGCCUUGGAUGCGAUAUACGAUGCCUUGUCGGCCGCGAGAGAAGACAUUUUGGCUGCCAAUGCCGUCGAUCUGGAGAAUGCGAAGAAAGCCGCAGCCGACGGAGCGUUGAAUCCUAGCAUCUUCAAACGGCUCGAUCUCUCGCGGAAGGGGAAAUUUGACGAUAUGCUGCAGGGCAUCAAAGAUGUUCGAGGACUGCCAGAUCCAGUCGGCCGAGUCGACCUCCGCACCGAACUCGACGCCGGUCUCAUCCUCCAACGCCAAACCUGCCCGAUCGGCGUCCUCCUCAUCAUCUUCGAAGCCCGCCCCGAAGUCAUCGCCAACAUCGCCUCUCUCGCCAUCAAAUCCGCCAACGCCGCCAUCCUCAAAGGCGGCAAGGAAUCCACCGAAUCCUUCAAAGCCAUCGCCUCCACCAUCUCCACCGCCCUCUCCUCCACCGACGUCCCCAACGACGCCAUCCAACUCGUCACCACCCGCGACGCCGUCGACCCCCUCCUCACUCUCAGCCAGUACAUCGACCUCGUCAUCCCCCGCGGCUCCAACGACCUCGUCUCCCACUGCCAGAAGAAAGCUCACAUGCCCGUGCUCGGUCACGCCGACGGUCUCUGCAGUCUGUACAUCCACUCCGACGCCAACGCGCAAAUGUGUAUCGACGUCGUCGUCGACUCGAAAACCGACUACCCCGCCGCCUGCAACGCCGUGGAAACCCUCCUCGUCCACGAAGACGUCCUCUCCACCAUCCUCCCCGGUGUCGCCACAGCUCUACAAGCCAAAGGCGUCACCCUCCGCUGCGACCAGCAAUCCCUGACAGCUCUAACAUCCACCCUCGACCCUGCCGCCUCCUCCCUCCUCCAACCCUCCACAGACCAGGACUACGCCACCGAAUUCCUCGACCUCAUCCUCGCCAUCCGCACAAUCCCCUCCUCCUCGUCUUCAGACCAGCCCAACACCUCCGUCGACGCCGCAAUCACCCACAUCAACACCCACGGCUCCCACCACACCGACGCAAUCCUCACCUCUUCCGAACAAACCGCCAACCGCUUCCUCUCCUCCGUCGACGCGGCCUGCAAAUUCUGGAAUGCCUCCACCCGCUUCUGCGACGGUAUGCGCUUCGGAUUCGGGACGGAAGUCGGGAUUAGUACGAAUAAAGUGCACGCGCGAGGACCGGUGGGGUUGGAGGGGUUGACGAUUCAUGAGUAUCGGGUUGUCGGGAAGGGGCAUUGUGCGGGAGCGUAUGGUGGAGCAGGGGGGCGGGCGUAUACGCAUCGGAAAUUGCCGUUG